CGCGGACUCACUCCUAUAUUCAGUUGACGAGAGAAAGUCGGACCGAGAGUACGUACUGCACAGUGAGCUGUGACAUUUCAAACCCAAGUCUCAACGCGGUGCAAGCACCCAGUCAGGCACGGGCUCUGUUUUUCCAUUGCUCUUGGCCAAAUCCCGGCAGGGACGCACACUUGAGAAUCAUUUUUUUCCCUUUUCUGUGACAGUGCCAACGUGUAGUGUGCAUGUGUGUAUAGAAAUCGCCGUUGGCGCUGUGCUGUUAAGCAGAUGGGGGAGCUGGAGAGGAGUGUGGUAGAAGUGCGUUGGCAGCUGCCCCAAGUCGCGGUCAGUUAACUCGGGCAACAUGCAUCUCAGCGGAUGGUUAGUGUGCUUCGCGUGCACCGCGCUCGUCGCGGUUGACGCUACGCCGAUCGUCGAGCCGGCUGCUCCUUCGGACGCUCCGACGGUGUCCUCGCGUCUGCAGGAUGAGGGUUUCUGGAAGGCAUGGGUGCUGUUCGAGGACCCAGUCGUGCAACGCUUGGAAGAGACGGGCCGACGCAAGGGGCAGAUCAUGCCCAAGAGCAUCUUCAUCGCCCCCGUGGUGAACAACCUCCCCAAGUGCGCCGAUGGCUACCAGGCGGACGCCCUGGGCAGGUGCAACAAGAAGGUUGUCGUCAACAAUGAAGCGCAGCUGAGCUUCCUUUUCCACAAGCUCAAUCUCGGUAUGAGUAAAAUUAAAAAGGAGCCGACCACCACCGAGGGGCCCUUCCACAUCGACAUCCCCCUGGGAUCGUUGACCGACGUCCAGGCGACACCUCCGGUCACCGCCACCGCCCCCAUGUCGACUUUGAAGACUACCGAAGCCCCGCCUACCACCGUGGAGUCCACCGAGGUGGCCGAGGUGAUGGUGGUGGCCGCUCAGGUCGAGCUCGAGGACGACACCAAGAGCACGUCGUUGCCUGCGGCCAUAGUCACCCUUUGGCACAUCAACGACACUGCCGAGGCGACGACCACACUGCUCCCCGAGGACACGCAGACCGAAACAGUGGCGCCCACAGAGUUGACCACCGUCCCGGCCGACAUUGAGGAGACCUCGACGCCCCCUCCUGAUGUGGAAACUCCGACCACCAUGCUGUCAGAGAAUGGUGAAGACGGGACCACCCCGGUGACCACCCCCUCCCCCUUCAAUGAGGAAGAAAUUGUGGAAACCACGACACCAAAGACGCCCUUCCGGCGACCAUCAGUACCUGACCCUGUCAGGAUAGUAUCGCAGCCCCCUGAGCCUGAGCGCGGGGCAGUCACCUAUGCAGAAGCCGUCUCAGAAGAGGAUGAGACGCCACUAUUCGAGGGGCCUACCAGUCCGGUCAUCUUGGACCGACCCUAUCCAAUCGUAUUCGAGCAAACCUCCACCCAGGGCGAGCUACUGGCCGACCUUAGCGUGGAAAACUCGAACCCGAACGCCCAGUGGGGCCAACUGGUAAAAAACGUGCGGCCCACUGUGCCAUCGACUCCCGAUAGGAUUGUGUUCCCCGGAGAGCUGAGCAGGAACGCGAAAGUGCCAUCAACCACUCCCUGGGCGUGGGGUUCCUGGCGGAAUACCACCCCAAAGCCAUUGCUGCUCAACUUUUACUCGCAAGUGCCACCCCUGAGCCACACCCCGAGCGGUACGCGGACGCACCUGACCCAGCAAUCGUCCAUUUUCCCGGCACCCGGCAGACGGACCCCGCUAUUCUAUCAGGAACUGUCAGGCAGCGACGUGGUUAACGUUUUGAAUAGGCCUUGGCACUACAGGAACCGAUACAGAUACUGAGAGAUAGUGUGAAAACGAGACUCUUUUCCCUCUUCUUAAAUGCUCCUCAUGUAAUUGUGUAGAUGAACGACUGACAAGUCUGCAAGAAGCGUUUUGCUUCUCUACGUGUACAUACUUAUUACAUUAUAGUGAUUAAAGAAAAGAUGAAGAGGAGGAGGAGAUUGUAGAAAAGUAUACAAACGUACAAUUGUAUUAUUUAUAUCACUGUCUUGUAUUUUAUUCUCAAAAAAUACUUGAUCCUACUGAAACAAAAUGGUUUUCUUUCGCUGUAGUAAAUUAGGCAAAACCUGCGUGCCCCUAUUGUUCAGAUUACAAUUGCAGCACUAUACAUCUGUGCCAAGCUGAUCAAUGAAAGUAUCACAACGAAAUUCUUUUUCUUUUUCUUAACAUGAAUAUUAUUUUACAAUUUAAACAAUAUACGGCACAAAUUUACUCAUGACAAUUUGUGCGAGACUCAGAUAAAUGACAAAUAAGUUACAUAUUCGCUUUGAUAAAUAUGACAGUGUGAUCACAAUAAUAAAAUGAAAGAGUACACAUAUACGAUUCGUCACAACACCUGAACUUGUUCGAUCAAGUCUCUAACUUUACUCGCCCUUUGCGGAAAUCAAAAGUAGAACACCGAUUCGCUUACAAAUUAUUGUACUCAUCAUUUCAUUCUUAUUGUUCAGAACUAUAUGUGGUAUUGAUAUUAAUUUAAAUCAUAUAAAAUUUAUGAAAAAUUUGAUGAAUAUUCAACAUUAUCGGUCAGUCAUCUAGCUUUCUAUAUUACAAAACAAUGUCUUCUCACUUAAUCAUUGAGACUAGAGGAUAAAACUUGUCAAAGGAUAAGAUUGAGCUGACAAUGAAUAUAAUAAAAAGGAUUGCAUUUUUAAUGUAUUGUGUUUGCUAAUAAUUAUAAAAGAGAAGCCACAUGCUACAAUCAAACUUUAUUCUGGAUUGCAGGUGAUUUGCUAACUAAAAGCCAAAAACGCAUAUACUUCAACGAUUUGUCUUGAUCUCAAAAUAAAAACAAAGCAAUGAAUAAAUAAAAAAACAAAAAUUGAUACAGCUGCUAAAAUUGUUUCCUUGCCUAUUUUGCUAAAAUUCCCUUAAAAAUUCUACCGCCUCAGCUUAUGAUCAAAGGGCUGAUUGUUGCUUUGAAGCAGUUGAUGAGAUGGGUAAAGGCUUAAUCCUUCCACGACUUAACGGACUAGGUUCCCAACCUAACAAAUUCAACACUUAGUAAUUCAGAAGAUUGGUCAUGGAAAUUUAAACUAACUAUGUUGACACAUAAUCUCCAAUUUACGUGUAGCACAUCCAAAAAUAAUAAAUAAAUCAAAAUCUGUAAUGUCUACCGGCAUUACACAUAUUUCUGUACUUACGGCCACUCUUGGCCUCCCUGAUGUUCUUCUGCAGGAAGAUUUUGUCUUCGGCCUCCAGCACCAACAUAUUUCUCAGAAGCUCCACCAUGGCACCUCUGGCAUGAGCGACGGCGCGCAUAUAAUAAACACCAACACUGCAAAAACAG